GCGAGAUAAGGCACGGAUUACUUGGAUGUUGCGACUCAAUUCGUGUUCUCAAUCGGUCGGUGGCGCAUCGUGUGGUGUUGACUCGCGGAAAGGAUGGCUUCUGGUGUGUGGUGUGCGACUUCGGUGGUGUUGAUCCUUUCGUUGGUCCUACCCCCGAUUCGAGGUGGUUGGUUUUCGAACGAGUACUCCUGCCAGUCCCGAGGUACCGAAUGCCAAAUUGCGGAGCUGGUGCUGGCGACGGAUGCCGCCAUCAGUGACGCGCAGUUUGGUCCGAUCAAAGGAUCGCUGCUGGUCGAGUCAGGCCGCGUUCCGCACGUCACGCGCGCCCUGCUGAAGAAGUGGCCGGACGUGAACGACUUGACGCUGGACCGACUGGGUGUUCAGAGUUUGUUCAUCGAUCCGAAGCUUAUGCACCUCUCGGCGGUGCACAAUGCCAUCGAGACGUUGGUGGUGGACGAGGCCGAUAACGGCACCACGUAUGGUCUCAGAAGUCUGCAGCUCUCGAACAAUCGACUUACGGCCCUGACGGUGGUCAGUCGUUUCGUGCAGCUCCGGGUCCUGAAUCUGGACCACAAUCAGCUGACCACCCUCGACCUGGGGAUGUUUGGCAAACUAGGCGAGCUGCGGGUGCUGUCGGUGGCCCACAACCAGCUGACCACGGUGGUACUGGCUCCUCAGAGUGCUCCGCUACAGCUAGACAAGCUGCGCACCCUGUCGUUCGCCGGAAAUGAUCUAGUCGCACUGGACAUGCAGCACUGGGAGUUCCCAUCGUUGGCGGACCUGAACCUGACCGCGAACGGGCUGAACUGGGUGGAGGGAAAGUUGGAUCAGUUCCCGGCGCUGGCGCACGUCGAGCUGGCCCGCAAUCGCUGGAACUGUGACUGGCUGCUCGUCCAGAGCCUUUACACCGUCGACGUACCGGAUCAGCGGUACACGCUGGACCAGGAUCCGGCCGGACGCUGCGAGGAGGAGAAGCUGACACGCAUGGGCCGGCACUGUUGCACCUCGGAGAAGGUCGCACCCGGCGCGAUGGACGUGUACGACAGCAAGUGGUCCGAGAUUGGCGAUCUGUCGAAGAAGAUCACCAACCUGAACCGCACGCUUCUGGAGAACGCCAACGCCACGCUGCGCUUGAUCGAAACGCACCGCAACACACUGGCUGGCCAGCUCGAGGAUCUGCUGGAGCAUCAGAACCGGACGGACGACGGACUCAAGUCGUUGGGCGCGAAAGUUGAUGAACUGAAAGACGACGAAAUAAGCGGGCUCGAAUCACGGAUGAGGGAGCAGAUCGACCAGGUACGGGAAUCGAUCAACGAACGCUGGAAUGGUACGCAAUUGGUGGACACAAACACGACCUUGGGGAGUAGUAGUUGGCACCAGACCAGCGUAGCGCACGAGGGCGCCCUAAAGGAACUUCGGGGAUUGUUGCAGCAGAGCACGCAGCAGAUGCAGCUGUACACGGAUAAGGCCUACAAACAGCAGGCCGUACUGGACCGGCAGUCGAAGGACAUGGACAGCAUUCGCGAGCUACUGGACCGAGCCGUGGCCCAGAGCAGCACGCUCCAGGCGCGUGUCUCCCAAAAGCUGGAACGAAAGGUGGAGGCGCUGCUCGAAUUCCUUGCUCAAAUAAGCGAAGACAAUGGCGAAUCGAACACCGAUUUUUUGUAAAUCUGUUUCGUUUAUUAAUAAAGAAGACACUUGGCGUCGCUUUAGUUGAAGCGCCGGGUUAGCUCGA